CCUCCCUGAGCCUCCAGAUCUGAACCACGCAAAUAACUGGGAGGAGGAGGAGGAGGAGGCCAAGGAGGAGCUUCCCCAAGCGCCACCGGCCAGAGAAAGGCGGCGGGGUGGGCCUCUCCCCUCCCCUCCCUCCUGCCAAAAGCGAAGCCCCAGCCGCCAGUGGCUCCGUGCCCUACAAAGUCCAUUCCUCCGCUCCGGCGUCCCCUGAGAGCUGCGCCUGCUGCCGGCGAUGGACGGAGCCGCCGCUACACUGUGAAGGAGCACCUGCCGCUUCUCCCGAGGGCUUGGGGCUCGGAGGCCGGCGCUGCGUCGUGGGAACAGAACGCGCUAUUUGUUAGUCGUUGAGCCUGGCCGUUUACUGUUCCUGUUUCUGAAAAGCAGCUCGGAGUGAUGGUGGGGAAUGGCAUUUUCGCCCAGCCGUCUUGAGCUCCUUUCAACAUCCAAGUAGACGUUUAUAGUAAUUUUGUACUCAAGGAUCCUUUUCCACCAUGUCAGAGUUCUGGCUAAUCUCAGCUCCAGGGGAUAAGGCAAAUUUGCUUGCCUGGGACAGAAUGAAUACCGUGACUUCGAAAGCCAACCUGUCCAGCAACAGCAAGUUCGCCAUCCCUGACCUCAAGGUAGGAACUCUGGACACGCUGGUUGGCCUCUCAGAUGAGUUGGGAAAAGUCGAUAGUUUUGCUGAAAGUGUAAUAAAGAAAAUUGCCCAGUAUAUUGGAGAAGUUUUAGAAGAUUCAAAAGAUAAAGUACAAGAAAACCUGCUGGCUAAUGGAGUUGAUUUGAUUAGUUAUCUAACAAAAUUUGAAUGGGACAUGGCUAAGUAUCCAAUAAAACAGCCACUGAAGAACAUUUCAGAAGGAUUAUCAAAGCAAAUUACACAGAUCGAAGCAGACAUGAAAAGCCGAGCUGCUGUCUACAACAACAUCAAAGGAAAUCUUCAGAAUCUGGAAAGAAAAACGGCAGGAAAUCUUUUGACCCGUACGUUAACAGAUAUAGUGAACAAAGACGACUUUGUAUUGAAUUCCGAAUAUCUCAUCACUCUACUUGUUGUAGUUCCCAAAACAAGCUAUGUGCAGUGGCAAAAAAACUAUGAAUCGCUCUCAGAUAUGGUGGUUCCUCGCUCUACAAAGAUGAUCGCUGAAGACUCAGAGGGAGGGCUCUUCACAGUCACCCUGUUCCGAAAAGUGAUUGAUGACUUUAAGACCAAAGCCAGAGAGAACAGGUUCAUGGUGCGGGAAUUUUAUUUUGAUGAGAAAGAACUGAAGUGUGAAAAGGACGAAAUGAGGAAGUUAGCUUCUGAUAAGAAGCAGCAGUAUGGUCCUCUGUUGAGAUGGUUGAAGGUGAACUUCAGUGAAGCAUUUGUGGCUUGGAUCCAUAUAAAGGCACUAAGAGUUUUUUCAGAAUCUGUCCUCAGGUAUGGAUUACCAGUGAACUUCCAGACCAUGCUACUUCAGCCUAAUAAGAAAUCUAUGAAGAGACUGAGAGAAGUAUUAAAUGCUGUUUUCAAGCAUCUGGACGAAGUAGCGGCAGCCAGCCUAAUGGACACUUCAGUCGACAUUCCUGGCUUGCAGCUAAGCAAUCAGGACUACUAUCCUUAUGUCUAUUUCAAGAUUGACCUCAGCCUUCUCGAUUCCAGCUAGUUUGCUGCACCAAGUGUGACUUGUUUUUCAGUAUUGUAGGAUUUGUGAAUGAAAUGUCAUGUUUUGUUUUUAAUGCAAACAUAAUUGGAAUGUGGCCCUUUUGAUGCGGAAAGACCAAGUAAUUUUAAGCAAGUGAUCACUGUAGUUCCUUGAUUUGGCUUGACUAUAAGUAGACGGGUUGCUUUUCCCCCCCAUUUUGAGAAUUAAAAGAAACUGGAAGCUUUUUUCUGAUUGUAUUAGAAAACAUGCUUCAUAAGA